AUGUUUUUCAGUUCUUCUGGUUUGUACAAAAUAUUCCGGCCCGCUGUCGGGGAAGCAGUCAGGGAAAUGCCUUUGACUGAACUGAAAGACAAGUACAGGAAAAUUUCGUCUUUAGAAAAGGCUCGUAGUGGUUGGGAAAAUGAGUACGAAGUUUCAUCAAAACAGUGCAUGCAUGGUCCCAAUUGUAAGCUUGGUAACUUCUGUACGGUUGGAAGAAGACUACAGGAGGUAAAUGUGUUAGGUGGCCUUAUCCUUCCUGUUUGGGGAACUAUUGAGAAGGCCCUUUCCAAGCAGGCCCGCCAAAGCCAUAAACGACUCCGUGUUGUACGUAUCGAGACUACUACAGACAAUCAGCGAAUUGUUGGGCUUCUUAUCCCAAAUGCAGCAGUUGAAUCUGUUCUUCAAGAUUUAGCAUGGGUUCAAGAUAUUGAUGAUUGA